AUGGAGGAGGACAAGGUCCCCGCUUCCCUGUCCGUGGAAGGGGAUGCCACGGGGGACCCCGAGUCAGAGCCCGGAGUCCAGAAUGGAGUGGUGGCCAGGGAGGGCUCCGGCAACUGCCCCAGCUGCCCCGGGAAGGAGGACACAGGAGCCCCGGUGGACCUGGAGUUGCCCACAGAGCACCUGGAUGCAGCCCUGCCCGACCUCAGCCUCGACCUCUCCAUCACCAACGGCCUGGCCCCGGGACCAGAUGCCAGUGUUCUGGAAGAUUCCACAGAGCGCAGGCCCUGGAGGGCAGAAGGGCUGGCAGAGGGGGACGAGGCCUCCGGGAGCCUGUGUCUAGAUGCUGAGGAGCCUCCGCUGGGGUUGGAUGGCCCUGGAGAGCCAGAUGUGCGGGAUGGCUUCAGUGCCACGUUCGAGAAGAUUCUGGAGUCGGAGCUGCUGCGGGGCACCCAGUACAGCAGCCUCGACUCCCUGGAUGUGCUGAGCCUUACGGAUGAGAGCGACAGCUGCGUCAGCUUCGAGGCCCCCCUCACCCCCCUCAUCCAGCAGCGGGCCCGAGACAGCCCUGAGCCCGGAGUGGGGCUGGGGCCCGAGGGGGAGCUGGGGGCCGCUGGGGGCGAGGGGGAGCUGGGCAGCCCCCUGCGGCGCUCCAUCUCCAGCAGCCGCUCAGAAAACGUCCUGAGCCACCUGUCUCUCACGGCCGUGCCCAACGGGUUCCAUGAAGAGGAGCCCCGGGGCCUGGGGGGCGAGGAGGAGGAGGAGGAGGAGGAGGAGGAUGAAGACACGGACAAGUUGUUGAACUCAACCAGUGACCCCAGCCUGAAGGACGGCCUGUCAGACUCCGACUCGGAGCUGAGCAGCUCAGAGGGCCUGGAGCCUGGCGGCACAGACCCGCUGGCCAACGGGUGCCAGGGGGUCAACGAGGCUGCCCGUCGCCUGGCCCGCCGCCUCUACCACCUCGAGGGCUUCCAGCGCUGUGACGUGGCUCGGCAGCUGGGCAAGAACAAUGAGUUUAGCAGGCUGGUGGCCGGGGAGUACCUCAGUUUCUUCGACUUCUCCGGCCUCACUUUGGACCGAGCACUCAGAACCUUCCUGAAGGCCUUCCCGCUGAUGGGGGAGACACAGGAACGUGAGCGGGUCCUCACACACUUCUCCCGCCGGUACUGCCAGUGCAACCCCGACGACAGCACCUCGGAAGAUGGGAUCCACACGCUCACCUGUGCCCUGAUGCUGCUCAACACGGACCUGCACGGACAUAACAUCGGCAAGAAGAUGUCCUGCCAGCAAUUCAUUGCCAACUUGGACCAGCUGAAUGAUGGCCAAGACUUUGCCAAAGACCUGCUGAAGACCCUGUACAACUCCAUCAAGAAUGAAAAGCUGGAAUGGGCCAUUGAUGAGGAGGAGCUGAGGAAAUCCCUGUCUGAGCUGGUGGAUGACAAGUUUGGGACAGGCACGAAAAAAGUGACCCGGAUUCUGGAUGGCGGAAACCCCUUCCUGGAUGUGCCGCAGGCUCUCAGCGCCACCACCUACAAGCAUGGCGUGCUGACCCGGAAGACCCACGCGGACAUGGAUGGCAAGAGGACUCCCCGUGGGAGGCGCGGCUGGAAGAAAUUCUACGCUGUGCUCAAAGGGACUAUCCUGUACCUGCAGAAGGAUGAAUACAGACCUGACAAGGCUCUGUCAGAGGGGGACUUGAAGAAUGCCAUUCGUGUGCACCACGCGCUGGCCACCAGGGCUUCUGACUACAGCAAGAAGUCCAAUGUGCUCAAGCUCAAGACGGCCGACUGGAGGGUCUUCCUCUUCCAGGCGCCAAGCAAGGAGGAGAUGCUGUCGUGGGUCCUGAGGAUCAAUCUGGUGGCGGCCAUCUUCUCAGCCCCGGCUUUCCCAGCAGCCGUCAGCUCCAUGAAGAAGUUCUGCCGGCCCCUGCUGCCCUCCUGCACCACUCGCCUGGGCCAGGAGGAGCAGCUGCGGUCUCACGAGAACAAGCUGCGGCAGGUGACGGCGGAGCUGGCGGAGCACCGGCGCCACCCGGCCGACAAGGGCCUCAAGUCCAAGGAGGCGGAGGAGUACCGGCUGAAGGAGCACUAUCUCACGUUCGAGAAAAGCCGUUAUGAGACCUACGUCCACCUCCUGGCUGUGAAAGUCAAAGUGGGCAGCGACGACCUGGAGCGGAUCGAGGCGCGGCUGGCCAGCCCGGAAGGGGAUGACCCUUCUCUCCGGAAGACACACUCGAGCCCCGCCCUCAGCCAGGGCCACGGGCCUGGGACUGGCAGCAAAGCCACCAAGGAUGCUCCUGGGCCUGAUACCUAG